AGGUUUUGUUUUUAUUGGUUCUAAAUGGUAUUGUAGAAGUACGUUAAGCCAACUUUUGUUCCCUAGAGCUUCUCCCAAUUGAUUUAAUCCAAAAUGGGAGUAUCAGUAGAGGCAUGGAGGAUGCGCAUUGGUGGUUUUAAUUGUUCUGGAUCUAUUGGCAUUGUACAAAUAAUUUCUUUGCCAAUGUCUUAUGCGCUGUCAUCGCUGCAUAUUUUUCUACUUCUAUUUGUGCUGUUGUUGAUCGGGAACAUUGAGUUGAAUCCUGGACCGAUUCAACUUAACCCAUGCGCCAUAUGCAACUUCAAAGCUAUUUCAGCUGAGCAGCAUAUUCAACACCAAAGAAUUCAUGAAUCGGUGUUUAAUUUCCAGUUUUCUUGCCCAUUUCUUGGUUGUCCAAUUUCUUAUUCCAGUUUGAGAAGUUUGAAUGCUCAUCUUUCAAAACACACUCAGCCUAGGAAUGAAGUUACAAGUGGAACAGUGAUCUUCAAGUGCGAAUUCUGUGAAAUUAACGUUGCAUCUAACAGAGACUACUGCCUCCACAUCAAGGACAAACAUCUGAAUGUGGAAAAUAGUGAAGGCAUACUUUGUCCUUUGUUCUUGGGAUCUGAAGGGAAAUGCCGGACUGUUCUUUACACUGUGCAAGCUUUUGCCCUUCACCUGUCUCGAUGUCAUCCUGGUUGGCGGGAUGACUACAGUACUUCAGCCCUUACAAGCUGUCAACAACAGCCAUUGAUGGAAGCUGAAAUGAAUAUUCCUACUGAACCACUACAGCAUAUGGAUAUGGACACAUUUGAUGAUUCUGAACAACGCGAUGAAUUUGGUUCUGUUCAUAAUCCAGUCGACAAAGACUCAGACGAUUCAAGCUCUACCUCAAGUUUUGAAUCGGAACAUGGUGGUGGAUUUCAUUAUGAUCAAAUUGAACAGUACAUAGGCCACUUCUAUGUUAUGCUAGAGGGAAAGUAUAUUGUUCCCUCUUCUACUAUUGAUGCUCUUGCUUCUAAAUUAUCUUUCAUUACAGAGAUUGUGCAAGACAAGUUCAGAGAGAAACUAUCACAGGCUCUUACAAAUGUGGGACUUGGAGCUGAUGUAAUUUCAGACAUAGUUAGAAGUGUUGUUUCUAUGGACCCUCUCUACAAUUCUCAUCACAAAAAAGCCCCUGGUGCUUGUUUUCUCACUAAGGAUCUCCGCCUUUCAUAUUACAAGAAGCAUUUUAAGUAUCAGGAGCCCAUUCAAAUCAACCUCAGAAGAGAUCCUAAGAACACUGAUGAUACCAUCCAGUAUGUUGACGUCAAGCAAUCUCUUAAUCUUCUGCUCGAAGAUCCAUCUGUUCAGAAAGUUGUCGAUAAAUCAUUUGAAGUUCCACCCUCUGAUGGUUCAGUUAUUUCAAACUACACAGAUGGAUCUGUGUAUCGUGAAAGUCAAACUCCCCCGAAGAGGAUCGAUUUACUGCUGUACAUGGAUGGCUACAAUUGUGCAAGCCCCCUUGGCUCUGCAAAAAACAAACAUAAAACGCAUGGUAUGUACAUGACUUUGGGAAAUUUGGACCCCUUUAUGAGAGCUUUUCUUAGGGCUAUGCGUCUAGUCCUUGUGGUGAACGAGAAUUCCUUAAAAGAAACGGAGUCAAGGUUCCAGAAGUGUUUUGAAAGAUUGAUAAAAGAUUUAAAGGAUUUAGAGAGAGAUGGAAUAAUUUACAGGGGAGAAAAUGUUCCAGUCAGGGUGCAGUUUAUACAAGGAGACAACCUCGGUCAAAAUUGCCUUGGAGGGUUUGUAGAAUCAUUCUCUGCACUUUUCUAUUGUAGAUUUUGUGACCUGUCCAAAGCGGAUUUCAAGAAUGGUUGCAACCAAGAUGUACCUACGUUUCCCCUUGGAAAUUGGAGGACACCAGACUCAUUCCGGAGCGACCUAAGAGAUAAGUUAAGGACUGAAAAUGAUCAUGAAAGGGGUGUGAAAAGAGAUUCCCCUUUCAAUCAACUUGAUAAUUUUCAUGUAUGUGAUCCAAGACUUGCGCCUUGUAUAGGCCAUGACUUAUUUAUUACUGGGGUUGUUGAUACAGAUUUGACCUCUAUGAUAAAAGGUAUGAUUAAGAAGAACUGGUUUACCAGCCAUUUACUGAAUAUGCGUAUUAGAGGAUUUAAAUAUGAGGGAACUGACGCAAGAAAUAAGCCUGCUCCAUUUAAUGAAGAAAAAGAUAAGCUUGGAGGCCACGCAGUUCAGAACUGGACAUUGUUCCGACUUUUGCCCUUAUUAAUAGGUGACUUGGUAAGAACUGACGAUGAUCUAUGGAAGCUAUAUCUGCUACUUAAGAGGACUGUUGAACUUAUAUGUGCCCCAUCAUUAACUGCUGCUCAAUUGGAACUCAUGAAACGUCGUAUUGAAAAAUACAUGAGAAGGAGAAAAAUCCUGCCUAAUAAGUACAAACCAAAGCAUCAUUUUUUCUCUCAUUAUUAUGAUCUUUAUCUGAAAUUUGGCCCCUUGGUUCACAUGUGGAGUAUGGCUUUUGAACAUAGACACCAGUUCUUUAAACGAGUAAGCCAAAUUUGCAGAAAUUUUAUUAAUUUGAAUAAACUUUUAGCCAAAAAGUUCCAACUGCUUAUGGCGUACCAAAGUAUGGGGCAUCUAUUUCCUGAUAAACCUGUGUUUUCGAAGACUUCUCCUCUUGAAAAUGGAAGUUAUGAUCAAGCACUGUCUGAUUUUCUCCUAACUUUAAACCUUCCAGAAGAAAGUACAGUUGUUGAAAAUAUGGUGCUAAAUGACAUUUCUCACAAGCCUGAUGAAUUUCUUUUUCUGAGUGGAGCCAAUUAUGAUAUAAUUCUUGGCAAAGUGAAAAUUAUCAUAUUUGAUGGAAAUGUUUGUAAAGUUGUUGUUGAGAGAAAGCAAACUGAAUGGUGGGAAGAAUAUGGCAUCUUCUAUGUUACAGAGGAUUCUGGGUACGCUGUAAUUAGGUUUGAAGAACUUGAAAACCCAUGCCCACUUCCUCUUUAUAACUUUAAAGGAAAGUUAUGCUUUUCCCUCAAGCAUGAUUUGAGGGACUAACCAAUGUGUGAAAUGACAAACUUUACUUUUGGAUGGUAUAACCAGUAACCAAAAUAAUCUAAUAAUGAUAAUAAUUUGAUUCAUAUGCAUUUUACUUAUAGCUGUCUAAUUAUGCAACACUACAAACAGAUUUUUGAAAUUAGCUUGAGCCGGUAGUGCACAGUUUCAGCGGUAGGACAGAAGCAAGUAAAUUUUAUAAAUGAUUAAAUCUUUUUGUCAGUCAGAACAUUCUGUCCUUGCUUCAUACCCAGAAGCUUAUCAAUCAUUCGAUGCAAUAUGAUUGCCUUUGCUCGAGAAUGGAACAAAGCAUACAUUGCAAAUGGAGGGGAAAAUUGAGGAGCUAAUGACAUUUCAUUUAUCGUUUCUAAAUUGGCAACGGAAUCUCCCUCUAGCUGGAGCUUUUAUACAAUUCUACCAUGCAUUAUCAGGUUCCUGUUAUGAAAAACUUAUCUUAGAGUUGAGGAAAAAGCUUAUUCUAAUGGUACAAACCCUCAGACAUCCAAUUCCUUGCUCAGAAAUAAUGUACGAGUAAGUUAUAUUUUUCUUCAUCAGCUGUGUUUUCCCCAGUUCGUAGCUCCUUGCUUGAUAAAACUUACAUUUUCACGUUCGUUCCCUCUUUGCCUUGGUGAUUGAUGCACAACUGGGGCAAAAGAGAUAUUUCAAAGAAAAUGUAUUUUAACUUGAAUACUGUACAUUCCAGUUAUUUAAUAUUUACUUGUGAUAGAGAGUGCGCUAUGCAAACAGAUUCCCUUUCAAUUCAACAAGUUGGUGUUGCUGCAUUAAUCCAUUGGAAUCUAAAUCUUCUUAAAGUGACCAAUCUUCGAUGUGGCAUAUGCAUACAAUUGUGAUACCUCUCCUACAAUCCAGGAAAAUUAUCAACCAACCUAAUUGCAUUUUUCAAUGUUAAAGCUGCUGCCUGUCCAGCGAUCUACGCUUCACUCCCGGCGACUUGUAGCUGUCCACUGGUGCCUGUUUGGUGAUGAUUGCUUUCUUCGAAUCCAACUCCUGGAAUGAGCCCCUGCGGACCUCGGGGUAGGCCAUCCCGUUCUACACGCCUGCAUACCGGUACUGCCUACCUCACAGGGGCCCGCCUGUGUACUUCUGGGUAGGCCGCCCCGCCCUACAUAUCUGCACGGCGGUACUGCCUACGGCAGACUUGCAGGGGCUGAUACCCAGGAGACACCACAUCAACAGGCAAUGCUUUCCCAAUUUUAUGUUGGCUGCUAAAUCAUCUACCUGUAUUUUGUAUUUAUUUACUCUUCCAUUAUUUUUUUAUGGUUUCAGUGUUCUGGUCUGGCUCAAAUCCUCUGCUAACGUGAAGAUCUUCUAUGCUGGUGAAGGACUUUUUGUGUCCUUGGUGUAUUCAAUAUAUUUUGUGAGUUUAAUA